AUGGCGGUUCCGCCCGCGGGUGAUCCCGAGACCGCCCCAAGAACUCCGGAAAACUCUGCAAGGGACGGUGGUGAAGCUGCACUCCCACCAGUACGAAGAGGACGAUCAGCGCGCCUGCAAAAUCAAACCACAAUCAUACCAACGGUUGAAUUCCCGUCGCUGGGAGAUGGGAAAACAAGAAUCACGACCCAAGUGGUGGGCAACCUGAUCAGCAACCUGAAGGAUAUCAUCCAACACCAAAGCAAGAUCAUCGAAUCGACCCGACAGGAAAUUAAGGAGUUCCGGAACGAGCAGCAAACGCUUCGGGACCAGAAUCUGAACCUGCUUAAGGAAGUCCACGACCUCCGAGCACAAAUUGAAACCUGGGCGGCCUCUCCCCAAACUAAAACAUGGGCCGCAGUUGCAGCCGAAGCGGCAGCCGGAGAGACGCAGAUCAGAGCGCCCCGAAAAGAACCGAACUGCAUCCGGAUUAGCACUGCACGCCCUGCUGAGAACUCAGACAAUGAAAACCACGAAGCCUUCACCAGAUACUUGCCUACCGACGUUGCCAACAGGCAUAUCCGCUCUGCCCUGUUGCACGCGGAAGCCACCAAAGACACUGAGAUCGCGGGGAUUGGAACCACCAAAACAGGCUAUGUGAUUAGGUUUAGAGACGAACAGUCCGCAACGAUGGCUCGGAACAAUUCUGAAUGGCUAGAAGGAUUGGGCAAUGAUACCAAAUUAGUGAAACCUCGGUAUGGGGUGGUAGUCCACCGCGUCCCGACUGAAGAUUUCGACCUGGACGGAGACAAGAAAGGCGGGAUCGAAAAGAUUAUGCGCGAAAACGGCCUAGCCGAAACAGAAUACCAAGUUGAAGAUAUCGCCUGGUUAAAGAGGAAAGACAUACCCCUGGGGCGCUCCGCAUCAAUGGGCAUCUGGCUGAAUACCCCGGAAGCCGCCAACUCAAUUCUCAAUAACGGGCUUCUGGUGGGACAGAGAUAUAUCGGUAGCGUGGAACCCUAUCGGGUCGAACGAAAGAGAUGUCGCCGCUGUCAACGAUUCGGCCAUCUCGCCUGGUCAUGUCAGGAGCGGAUCCGCUGCGCGCACUGCGCCGGCCAACAUGACCAACGUCACUGCUUCCCCGGGGUGAGACCCCGGUGUUCAGACUGCAACGAGGAACAUCCCACUGGUGACCGGAGAUGCCAAAAGCCCCUUAAUCCUAGGUCCUCUCAGUGA